UGGGGUAUCGUCUUUCCGGAAGUGCUAGCUGUUUACUACGGUAUCAAGAUGCUGCGCUGCGUUGAGCUGCUUCACAAUUCCAAGGUUCUUCACGGCGACAUCAAACCGGACAAUUGGUUGAUGAUACCUGGGAACCCGUCAUCUGAACUGUCGAUGACCAACCAAGAAUCGAAAGCUGACAAAGAUUUCGCGGCUGGUGACCUUUAUCUGAUCGACUAUGGGAGAUCGAUAGACUUAAGUCUGUAUCCAGAGGGGACAGUGUUCAGAGGCAAUUGCCACGCAAAAGGCUUCCAAUGCGUCGAGAUGCUUACUCAGCGUCCGUGGACAUACCAGAUCGACACGUUUGCAUUUUGCGGGACGAUGCACUGCAUGCUCUUCGGGGAGUACAUGGAAGUCAAGCCCUGCCUUAAUGCCCAGGGCGCGACGCACUGGGAAAUUUUCCGGCAAUUCAAGCGCUAUUGGCAAGUCGACAUGUGGAAAGAGUUUUUCCACGUGUUGCUGAAUGUAAGCAGUUGCACGGAUCAGCCCUCCUUACUCAAUCUUCGAAGGCGCUUCGAAAACUACUUCGUGUCCGAUGGAAGCCGUCAACAAGAGCUUUUCAGGCAGCUAAGUCGACAAGAUACGUUUCUCAAGAAGCCACCCGUUUAG